AAAAUGAACGAGCUAGAAGAUGGAAGCGAGUCUGGACUUGGUAGUUACUGGGGCGAGUUGACUCAGGUGUGCCUCGUUAACAUCCUCUCACGCCUCACCUUGGAGGAGCGAUGGAGAGGCCCCAUGUUGGUCUGCAAGCCAUGGCUGAACGCCUGCAAGGACCCCUCCCUCAACUCAGUUAUCGACCUCGAAAGCCACUUCGGCUCCGUCACCGAAUUGCCUCGCUAUUGGACUCCCGAGUUCGAGCGUCGAAUCGAUUCCAUGCUCCGAUCCAUCGCUCUCUGGAGCGAUGGCUCGUUGAAGGAAAUCCGCCUCAGACACUGCUCGGAUCGUUCCCUCUCCUUGGUCGCUCAAAGCUGUGCAAACCUUCAGGUUCUCUCUAUUCGGAGUUGCGCUCAUGUUACUGAUCAAGUCAUGGCUAAAAUAGCCUCAGGGUGCCCUUUACUUCGGGAAGUUGAUAUCAGCUACUGCUAUGAAAUAUCUCACGAGUCUUUGGCGCUAAUAGGAAGGAAUUGUACCAACCUACAAGUUCUGAGGAGAAACCUGAUGAAUUGGUUGGAUCCUUCCCAACAUUCCCGCAUUGUCCCCAAGGAGUAUCUAAAUGCAUGCCCUCAAGAUGGGGAUUCAGAAGCUGCUGCAAUUGCUAAGUACAUGCCUCAUCUGGUCACACUUGAACUUCAGUUCUCCAAGCUCACGGCAAAAGGUUUAGACCUGAUAUCUCAAGGCUGCCCAAACCUCGAGUAUCUCAAUCUUUCUGGAUGUGCAAAUCUGAAUAGUAGGGAUAUUAUCAAGGCCUCUUGUCAUCUGAAAAAGAUGAAGAGUCUCAAGAAGCCCAACUUCUACAUUCCCAGAUCAGUCUACGCUGCCGAGAGGUAUGGCCAUUGGCAACUUUAUGAUGAGCGAUUCCAAACAGAUGUUUUUCGGAUUUGACAUGCUGGGAAGUGGUUACACAAAUAGAUAUCUAUGACUAACAAUAAUUCCUUGAAAAUGUUCUGCUUUAUAUUUGAAGCCUGUUUGUAGAGCUAUUACCUGUGCUACUGUUUCUAUUGUGUAUUAAUUAAGGUAAAUACUAAAUAUAAAAUUGCAUUUAAUAUUCCUCCACUGGGAAUAAUUGUUCUGCUUUGUAU